AUAAUUUUUGUGGGAUUGUUUUUUUAAAUCAGUAAUUUAUGUUUCUUCUCUUGUUUCAGAGUGAUCACAGCCUUUUUUAAAACAAUUCAGCAAUAAAUGCUGGGAAUAUUCUCAUCAUCAAGGCUAGAAGUGCAUCUGAACACGCAGGAGACACUCCAGCUGUAUCUGUGUGCCGUACUAGAGUAAAGAUCGAGUUUAUUAAAGAGGAGAUUGAAGACAUGAGUGAUCCUGAACCAUCCAGAAUAAAACAUGAAGAUACUGAGGAACAAAUAGACCAGGUGAGAGUGAAAGAGCAAAGACAAGAACUGAAUGAAGUGAAGGAGGAACAUCGUAACUUUACAAUUCAAAGAACAAAAGCCAAAAAGACGCACACCUGCACUCAGUGUGGAAAGAGUUUCACACAGAAAAGAAACCUUAACACACACAUGAGAAUUCACACUGGAGAGAAACCGUAUACAUGCACUCAGUGUGGAGAGAGUUUCAAAUCUUCAUCCACAUUUAAUUAUCAUCUGCUUCGUCAUUCUGGGGGAAUAACAUUUAACUGUGAUCAGUGUGGUAAAGAUUUUAUUUCAUCAGCAAAUCUAAAAUCACACCUGAAAGUUCAUUCAGAUGAGAAGCCUUAUGUGUGUUCUCUCUGUGGAAAGAGUUUUUCAAGGCUGAACAGUUUUAAACUGCACCAGAAAACAAAUGAUGGAGUGAGAGAUCAUGUGUGCUUUGACUGUGGGAAGAGCUUUACUAGAAUUGAUCAUCUGAAACGGCACCAAAGAAUUCAUACUGGAGAAAAACCUCACAAGUGCUCAUAUUGUAACCAGAGUUUCACUCAGUCUAAAUAUCUAAAAUCACACGAGCGAGUUCAUACUGGAGAGAAGCCGUACGACUGUACUCAGUGUGGGAAGAGUUUCACCCAAUCAAGUAGUCUAGUGACUCAUAUUAGAAAGCAUUGUUCUGUGUCACAGUGAGCAAAUGUUUUG